AUGAAGCACAAAUGUCGCCUAGUUAUCCCGAGAACGGAGCAGGAUACCCUUGGGACGCCGAAGGCUGACAAGAAAAAAGGACGUUCUAUGGUUGCACUAGGUAAGGCCCAAUACCUACAGAAGCCCAAUGCAUUGUUUGCGGACUACGAAGCAUACCAUAAGCCAGAAGGGAACAUGAUACAAAAGUCGGACACGCAACUCAAGUCAACAGGUACCGUGCUUAAGGACAAUGUUUCGAUGACAAGCGCGGAACUGAACGAAGUUGCCAUGGCAAGACUCUACGGUUUGCCACAAUUUCACAAGGAUGGUGCUCUUCUUCGUCCGACCGUUUUAUUGCGUGGAACACCCAAAUUUAACCUGGCCAAAGGGUGUUCCAACGCUUGA